AUGAAUAUUAGUGACUCAAACAAAGAUGGGAAGGAUUCAAAAUCUGAUAAAAGUACAUCAUGGGUAAAAUGGUUUAAUAGUAGAGUUAUAAGUAAUUUUUUGGUUGUAGUAGAUAAUGAAUAUAUAGAAGAUUCUUUUAAUUUAUAUGGGAUCAAAAAUGAAAUAUCAAAUUUUAAUCAUUUAUUAUCUAUCAUUACGGGAGAUGCUCCUGAUGAUGAACAUGCAAAAAAUUCUUUAGAAAAAGAUGCAAUAUGCUUAUAUUCUUUAAUACAUGCACGAUUUAUUACAACUCCCAAAGGAUUAUCUUUAAUGAAGGACAAAUAUAUUAAGGGAGACUUUGGUCAUUGCUCAAGAGUUAGUUGCUCUCAACAUAAUGUACUUCCAAUUGGUUUAUUUGAUCAAAUUAAAAUUGCUAAAGUUCAUGUUUAUUGUCCUUUAUGCCAAGAAAUAUAUAAAAUACAUGAUGAUAAAAUAUACUUAGAUGGUGCAUUUUUUGGGGCAUCAUUUCCUCAUAUUUUUUUACAAACAUAUCCAUAUUAUUCUACAUUAAAAACACCUUCAUAUUGCACAUCAAAAAUAUUUGGAUUUAGUGUUUAUCACAAUUAUACAAGAACAGAAUAUAAAAUUGCCAAAGGCGAAUUUGGAAAAAUAUCAAAGGAUAACUUCCUUAAAAAAAAUCCGAAAUAUUUAAAAAAAUUAAAAAAGGAAGAACUUCAAAUUAAAGAUGCUUAG